AUGGCCGAAUCACAAGUCACACAGGGCGCGAUAGACGCCAUAUUCAACGAUCCCAAUCAUGCCACGACGCGUUUCCCAGUCCCCAUUCUGCAAUGCCUCCAGAUCAAGACGCUCGAGGCGAAAGCCCAGGGCGGCGGCCCGGCUGAGCGGUACCGCGUCGUCCUCAGCGACAUCCGCAACUACGUGCAGUGCAUGUUGGCGACGCAGGCGAACCGUGUCGUGCAUGACGGCCUUCUCCAGCGUGGAUGCAUUGUGCGCAUGAAGUCAUACCAGGCGCAAUCUCUCAAGGGCAAGAACGUCCUGAUCAUCCUGGAUCUCGACAUCAUUGAGUCCCUCGGCGCGCCGGAAAAGAUCGGCGACCCGGUAGCUGUCGAGACCAGAGCCACCGAGCCGCAUACCACCACCAUCGGCGGUUCCGGCUUCUACGGCGCGAAGGAGGAGUCUACCACACAGGAAGUGAAGCCGCAAGUGCCGAAGCAGCUUCCCUCGCGUGCCGGCGCUGGAGGAGGCGGCGCAGGCGGCCCUGGCGCAGCGAACGUAAUCUACCCCAUUGAGGCACUCUCUCCGUAUGCACACAAGUGGACCAUCAAGGCGCGGGUCACGAGCAAAUCGGAUAUCAAGACAUGGCACAAGGCAAGCGGCGAAGGCAAGCUCUUCAGCGUCAACUUGCUGGACGAGAGCGGCGAGAUUCGGGCGACGGGCUUCAACGACCAACUGGACUCGUUCUACGAGCUGCUGCAGGAGGGUAAUGUUUACUACAUCUCCAGCCCGUGCAAGGUUCAGCUUGCCAAGAAGCAGUUCAGCAAUCUGCCUAACGACUACGAGCUCACGUUUGAGCGCGACACGGUCAUCGAGAAGGCCGAGGAUCAAGCCAACGUGCCGCAGAUCCGCUUCAACUUUUGCAACAUCGAGGAGCUAAAGGAUGUGGAGAAGGACGCCACGGUUGACAUAGUUGGCGUGUUGAAGGAGGUGGAGGAUGUGACGCAAAUCGUGUCCAAGACGACGCAGAAGCCGUACGACAAGCGGGAGCUCGUCUUGGUGGACGACACGGGCUACUCGGUGCGCGUGACCAUCUGGGGAAAAACGGCGACUAACUUUGAUGCCGGCCUGGAGUCCAUCGUCGCCUUCAAGGGCACUCGCGUCAGCGACUUUGGCGGCCGCAGCUUGUCGCUGCUCUCGUCGGGCACCAUGUCGGUCGACCCGGACAUUCCCGAAGCACACCGUCUGAAGGGUUGGUACGAUGCCUCGGGCCGGAGCAACAGCUACGCGACGCACAGCAACUUGGCAUCUAUGGGCGCCGCCACCGGCCGCAAGGACGACCUCAAGACAAUCUCGGAGGUGAAAGACGAGAAUCUGGGCAUGGAUGAGCCGGCAUUUUUCUCGCUCAAGGCGACCGUUGUUCACAUCCGGCAGGAGAACUUUUGCUACCCGGCCUGCCGCAGCGAGGGCUGCAACAAGAAGGUGACAGACAUGGGCGACGGCACAUGGCGCUGCGAGAAGUGCAACGUCAGCCACGACCGGCCCGAGUACCGCUACAUUAUGAGUGUAAACAUCAACGACCAUACCGGCCAGCUGUGGCUCAGCUGCUUCGACGAAACGGCCAGACUCAUCAUGGGCGGCAGGUCGGCCGACGAGAUGGUGGAGCUCCGCGAACUGGACGACGGCCGCUUUGUCGCCGAGUUUGAGGCGGCAAACUGCAGAAAGCUCAACUUUCGAUGCCGCGCCAAGAUGGACACGUAUGGCGACCAGCAGCGGAUUCGCUACCAAGUUCUUGGUGCCUCGUUGUUGGACUACAAGUCCGAAGCGCACAAGCUUGCUGACUUGAUCAAGCUAAUGAACGUUUAG